CAAGUAGUUAAAUUUUUUCACAGUGCUGCUACACAACAACAAAUAAGAGUGUGCAUAAAAAUCACAGAAAUAUACACGGAGAAAAAACUUCAAUCACUUGCAUUUCAAUAAUAAUUGUUGCAUUCAUAUGUAGCUCUUCAAAACGUUCUGAAUAUUGAAAAUGGCAGCUCAAUCGUUGAAUGCUGGUCAGAAAAUGCUUGUGGAAAUAACAACGGACGGCAUACCGAAGCUUCACUGUCCAGUCUGCAACAAGGCAUUAAUAUCGCUCGCCGGCUAUGUGAAGCAUGUGAAGAAACACGAACCGCCGGGCGGCUUUCGGUGUCGCUAUUGCGAGCACACAUGUUGUCAUGAGGAGCAGUUGAAGGAGCACUUGAGGAUCACCCAUAGCGCCUAUAUCGAAUGUCGCCUGUGCCAUAGCCUGUUCGGCAGCGAAGUGGAGCACGAGGCACACAUCGAGGAGGCGCAUCAGGAGCGCAAAUUUAAUGUGAACCAGGAACAGCAGCUUUUCAAGUGCGAGCUGUGCGGCAAGUGCUUCGCGGAUCGUGAGAGUAGCGCUAAGCAUCAUGCCGAGUUUGAUGGGAAAUGCCAAGGCAACUCCUCCAGCCCGGUUAAGCAUCAACGGAAUUGUCGUCCAGGCUCUUCCGUCCCGGCGGAUGGACCAGUUCAUGUAGUCAAGCGAAAGCGUGGCAGACCAAAGAAAUGUCCAGUGCCAGCUUCAGAGGAUAGCGAUGACGAUGUACCCCUAGCCAGCAGGCUGAAAAUUCAAGCACCUAUUCGACUAAAACAGGAGUUCGUUAGCAGCCAAGAGCUAAGCGAUACGGACGAGGAGUAUCCCGACUUUGAGCCUAACAACAGCGACGAGGAAGCGGAUGCUACUCAGUUUAAGCUACCUCCCCCAGCUCUCGUCAAAGAGGAAGCCAUCGAUCCCGAUUUUGAGUAUCAGGAUGCCAGCGCGUUUGUUAAAAUGGAGGGCAAUAAUGGAUUGGACAUAUAUAGCAAUGAGAAAGACAAAUUGCUGGAUGUGCUGCUCAGCCAGGAUGAGAGUAUGAAGCCCUACGAGCACUUAAAAGUGGAACAUGCAACGGGCAUAUUGGAUGAGAUUGCCGCUGUGCCCAUGGCCAAACAGAAUGGGGAGGACCACAUGGAGGAGGAUGUACUGGCACUGCGUGAAACAGAACCUGACAGUGAGGAAGAGGAGCAACUGCGUCCACAAACUAAAUCCAGUGUUAAGCGAAAAUAUCGAAAGCGAGGAGCUGCUACCGCCUCGCCUGUGCCUCAGGAAGAGGCAACAACUGCUCCACGCCGCGUGGCCAAAAUAACCAAAAAAGAGUUGAAAGAGCGACUGAAAAUGCUGAGAAAAAUGGAAAAGACCUGGCAGUGUCCACACUGUGUAAAAAUCUAUCACAUUCGGAAGCCAUACGAGAAGCAUCUGCGCGACGAUCAUAAGCUAAGCGAACAGGCGGUCAACGACCUUUUCAAGGAUGCGGAUGCACAUGCCAAGCUAGAUGAGGAAGUCUUUAAAUGUAAAAUCUGCAGCAAAAUCUACUUGGUAGAGAAACGUCUGGAGACGCACAUGAAGGUGCACGGAAAGGAUGGCAAUCUAAUACACAAAUGUCCUUGCUAUUGCAAUCUGUUCUUCGCCAGCAAAGAGUUAGCCACCCAACAUGCCCAUCAGCAGCACAAAGAGCUACUCUACUGUGAGAAGUGUGACAAGUAUAUGACUGGGCAUGACAGCUUAAAGAAUCACGAGAAGAACUAUCAUGCCCGCAAAGAGCCGCGCAAUCUUCCACGGAAUCUGAUCUGCGAUAAGUGUGGCAAGAAAUUUACCGGUCGCACCUCUCUCUCGGAUCAUGUACGGUCUGAAUGUGGACGAGUACCCCUAUACGAGUGCAGUGUUUGCUGCAAGCGACUGUCCACAGCGGGAAUACUGAAAACACACAUGCUCCUGCAUCAGUCAGAGACGCCGUAUCAAUGUGACAAGUGCGGCAAGACGUUUAAGGUGAAGGCGCAGUACAAAUCGCAUUUGAAGACCCGUCACACGGACAACAAGCCUUACAAGUGCCAUCUCUGCCCCAAGGAGUAUCCAUAUCGGGAAAGCCUUUUAACCCAUAUGACUGUUCACACGGGCAUUAAACGUUUCCUUUGCAACAACUGUGGCAAACGUUUCACAUGCAUCUCCAAUUUGCAGGCGCAUCGAAAGGUUCACGCCGACACCUGUGGCCAGCUGCCGCUCAACGCGAAAGCCACGCAAUAUAUGGGCGUGCAGCGAGGAAAGCUGCUAAUGGGCGCCAAGCCAGAGGCGGGUAUGGAGUACGAGGAGACAAAAACUCUGAUUGCUCAGGACGUGAUCGAUCGGGAUAUGCCAAUGGCGCAGGAGCUCAACUUUCCAUCCGAUGGCAGCGCGCCGCUGGCAACGGUUCCACUCAAUUAUGCUUCGUCCCAUCUGGUGCCGCACAUUGUGCUGCAGACGAUGCAGGCGGAAGCAAGGACACAGGAUUAGCUUAGGUUUUAACAAAUAAAGACGCUUUUUGUAUAUGGAGUAAACAUUUUUUCACUUACAAAAA